AUGGUAGUCUGGGCACUAAAGAAAGAAUUCGAGUCCAGUAACAACCAUCUGCUGUACUUGCUCAAGCAUGGUGGUUCCUUCGUGGACCUCGUUGCUUGUCAUCCCGAGUCAAGACUAGGGUGGCGACUUGAUGUCACAUACGUGCACUGUACGUUAGAUCUUGCUGCCCAUCCUUACCAUGCAGAAAAAUUUUGCAAAAACCUUGCACGCUCUUGCGAGAUUCUCCGACAGAGAACAGCGCCUCAAAUGCAGCCGAUACUGCAUGUCUUUUUCGAUCACGCGCACCGAUUGGGCCAACAACAUUGCUCCUUGGCUUUUGCCCCCAUGACCGAGGCAGUGACCACACAAAUGUUGCCCAGCCCAAUGGAUUCCAGCAAACGAAAGGCGUCUUGUAGACCAGACGUUAAUGCCGUGGAGUUUGUUUCGGGUUAUUUACACGCCGGGAGUGUAGUCUGCAGCCUGCCGAGCCCCAUGUUCUUCAACAAGGCAUCCCCAAGCAGCGGAAACCCUCAGCCUACUGUCUCGACUGCCUCCUCCGACGCAGCGCUCGGGAACAAGGCAGCAUCGAACAUCCGAUCAGGGACAGUGAUUGUCUUUGACUGCGGAUCGGGCAGCACAUGGCAACAUCUCAGACGGUGGCUUUCAGAUGAAGGUGCUUCGCACAUUGUUGUAGUUCGCGCGUGUAAGGAAGCAGCCGCUUGCACCGCAGGGAUGAAAACCCCUCAUGAGUCCUGGGUGAAGAAUGGCCAACUACGGUCACGGACCCUGAUCCAGGAAGUGAUCUGUCAGCCAGAUCAACCUGGAGAGGUUGUCGCGUUGUUUAAGAGGCUUAAAGAAGAUCUACAUUUUCCUCACGUUCGCGGCAUUUUCUACAGCGUGGGAGAGAAGCUCGACAGUCUGCUCGCGAACCUAACAACCAACUCGGUACACGACAUGUUGAGGACGGCCGCAGGAGCGUGGUCGAUUCAUCAUGCUUUGGGACAGUUCGGUAUGGAGGUCGAAUUGGAUUUCUUUAUUCUUUUCUCCAGUAUUUCAUCCCUGUUUGGCAGCAUCAGCCAGUCACUAUCAGCUGCAGUUCAUGCCUCUCUAGACGCACUUGCGUACUACAGGAGGCAUCUCGGCCUUGUGGCUACAAGCAUUCAGUGGGCCCCUUGGACCGAUGGAUCAAGCGGGACUUCGGCACAAAUCGUUCGUCGCUGGCUAGAAAAAGGAGGAGUUUCUAGUGUUCGAAAUCCUUUAGCCGCCGUGAGUGCGAUUCUCAAGAACCAGACUGUCGUUGGUCCUGUUGUUGCUUGCUUCAACGCGGAUCCUGUCAUCAUGCGCGAACUGGGGGACUUUGACCGAGAAUCUGCUCUACUUUACUCGGGAUCAGCCGAAGACACAAGAGGCUCGUCUGCUGGCAGUGUCAAAAUGAGAACAAGUCCGGCCCAAUCCCGCGUUAUCCCGGUGUCCCCGUCUAUGGACGCGAGCGGGGUAUACCGACAGGACGAACUUCUGGCGAUCUUGGCGCAGUUGGUUAGGAGGGAAGUCCUAGAGGUCGCCGCUUGCUACGUUGUCUUCGAAGGUAACAACCUGCCUACUGAUGAGUCAUUGGUCUCCCUUGGGCUUGAUUCUCUCGCAGCUGUCGAGCUGAGGCAGGCUCUGCAGCAACGCUUUUGCGUCAACAUAGAACCAACCUUCCUUGAGGCUGACGCAACAAUUGAUACCAUUUCGGCUUUACUUGUUACGCAGGUGGCUGCCUGUCUAACGGGCACGCCCUCCGCUGUGCCUCUGUCUUUUCCUUGUCUCUCGACUGCGGUAGAUGACUGCGCGCUGGUCAGCUUGGCGCUCCGACUUCCCGGUCGCUGCGACUCUCUGGACGCUUUCUGGGCUGCUCUACAAAGCGAUGCCGGGCAUUGGAUUCCGGGGGAUUCGGCAGCAUGUGACGAAUGCUUCCGGAAUUGUGCGAAAAGCAGAGAGUUUCCCGCAGAAUCGCAAUCUCUUGGCACCGGCCUCUACCCCAGGCCAGGCGUCUGUUGGUUGAGCAGCCGUGACACAUUCGACAACCACUUCUUCGGAUUAUCUUUCACAGAAGCUUUGGCCGCCGAUCCGUGUCAUCGAUUGCUUUUAGAGACAACGUACGAAGCACUAUGCAAACUCAACAUGGAACCACAGGCGGACUCGUCCGGUACUCCCAUCGCCGUCUUCGCUACAUCUUCAGGUAGCCGAAUGCAGACCUCCCUUCCACCGUCCAUUAACACAUCCGGCUUUCAGCAUCCGCAACGCAGUGACAGUUGCUUAGCCGCGAGCUUUCUGUCUUACCAUCUGAGUUUAACCGGCGUGGCGGUGCCCAUUGAUGGCAGUGAUAGCGCCUCACUGAUCGCAUUGGCUCUCGGAUGGGAACACCUGCGAGGAAAGGAUGCCAUGUGUCCAGCCGUAGUCGUCGCAGCAGGAUCGCUGCUCCCGGUAUGCCCCAAUGAUACGCCCUUCUCAUGUACCAGUCCCACAUCACGCCGUUUCCGAGGCCGCGAUCUCUAUAUUCUCCCUGGCAGAGACACAUGUGCUGUGCCUCGGGGCGAAGGCAUUGUUUCUGUCGUUUUGCAGCGUUUGCCCGUAGCCCGAGAAAAUGGGAACAGCCCAAUGGCCAUAUUAAAGGGCGUUUCUUUAAUCCGUAUGGGCCGAGGAGAGGUACCUGUUUCACCACAGUGGAGCGCGGCAGACGCAAGGUUACGAGAAAAAACGAUGACUGAGGCUCUCAAGAUGGGUAAGGUCGAUCCAAGAACAGUUGCUAUAUGGGAAACGGACAGGCUAACAGGAACGCAACCGGAAGAUGCUUCUACAGUGGCAUCAAUGGCUGCUAUUUUCGGUCCUAGAGAUCUCACCCAGUCGAACUCCCCACUCGUUUUAGGAAAUGCCGCUUUGCACAUCGGGCACACAGGGGAAACCUCUGGCCUCGCGACUCUAGCCAAAUUAGUGUUGAUGCUGGAGCAUGGAUACGCUGCACCGAUUCCUCGUCUCCAGAGUCUGCAUCCCGACGUCAAAAGAGGACUCCUGCCUUGUGGAUUUCUAAUGUUCCCCUGCAAGAAGAUGGACCUUCUCGCUUUUCGUCAGUCCCCGGACCACGUAUACGGCCCGAACGGAAAAAGAGACGAGAAACACGGUCGUCCUUUAGUUGGAGGCAUUAGCUCUUUUGGAUCCGACAGAACAUCAGGAUGCGUGAUUAUCGAAUCUUCUACCAGACGACGCUGGCACAAAUCGGACAAAAGCGACCCAGUGGACUUUGAGGGGUCACCAGCUGUUAUGCAGGGCACAGUUAAAGCUGACUGUCACGAUUCCCUUCACAUGCCAUCAACUCCUGGUUCCCAACGCAAAAUAGGAGGAGAGGACAGAGCGGUUUGGUUAUUUUGUGACGACGUAUGGGGACUGCUGUCAGUGGGACGUGGUCUCUACUGUACAGACCGGGCCUUCGCCUCUCUUUUGGAGCAAGUUGAACAAGCGUUAGGGAAUCGCCUCCCUGAACGUUUGAGCCGUCUUCUGUAUCCGUCUACAGCUGCAGAGUUUCAAAGCGCUCAGGACGCUCUGGCAUCCCCACACAUAGAAGCUUUGAUGUUCUUCAGCUUACAGUGGGCACUGGCGCGUCACCUGUGGCAGCAAGAAGGGAAGCCUACCGCUGUCAUGGGGCUUGGCAUUGGUGAGAUUGCUGCAGCCGCCGUAUCCGGCAUCCUCUCUCUUGAAGAUGCACUCGAACUCGUAGAGCUUCUCGCUUCCGAAACCCGCAGCUGUGCUGGUCGCAAGGAACCAAUGGCAUGGGAAAACAUGAACUCAAGCAGCCUUCACGAAAGCGGCUACGGCACAGCCGGUUUCUGUGGCCGGGCGCAAGCGUACGAGCGCUCACCGGUGUUGUUUGGAUUGGAUGCGACCCCCAAGAGUGAGUCGGGAGCCCUUGACUAUUCGUUUCCCGGGUGUGGCCGAGGCACAUGUUCGCGGGGGGACUUCGAAACACCGGAGUCUCACCCCAUUUGUCAUUCCACAGAUGUUCUCCAAGGGUGUUCAUUCAUAAAAGCACGCCGUGUAAGUUGUCCAAGCCCCAUCAUUCAGCAUGCAUGGGAGAAGGAUGCUCAUGGAAACCCGGCCAAAGACGGAGAAGCGGAACUGAUGAUGGACCAAUUUGGAUUCCGCCCGGAGCCGAGCAAGCGGUUGGGGCAAAUCACCACGCGUAUCACGUUGCAUAACGCUACGUGCCUGUAUAUCUCGACAGUUUCCGGGCGUUUAGCAACGGAUACGCUGAUUAGAACAGCCGAAUAUUGGGAUCCUCUCGUACCGAAAAAGCAACGGAUUCACCGUGCAGUGGAAACCGCAGCGCAUGCAAUGAAAGCCAGAAAACUGAUCUGUAUUGGUUGCUCCGCCCACGAUGGCGUACACCUGUUGGUUGGGUGGCCCUCGCUUCAUCCCAUCAAUCGCUCACCGUUACGUCUGUUUAGUUUUACCGGAAGCACCCCGUCGCCGCAGCUUCUCGUCCCUUGUGAAUCGGCAAGUAGGUCGUCCCCUCGAGCUGCAGUUGUCGAGCCUUGUGGAGCCGAUGCAAAUUUAGGAGGACUAACACCGUGGUGGAAACGUCUGUUGUUCCGACUUCCUCCACUCGAGGGGUUCUCAAGUUGUGGUGCUGGAAGGCUGGGAAUACCUGAGGGUCGUCUUCGCGCCGAAGCACCGCCUCCCGACCACCCUGUGAUUAACCACUUGCAGACAGCGGCGAUGCAUGGGCCAAAACAAGCUGGUCGAACACUAUGUGCAGCUUCGCCUCAAAAGGGGGAAGAGAAUGAGAAGGGCUGCAAGGAUGAAACUGUCAACAGGCAGCAGACCUGUUCCAGCAGCUACAGACGUCGCGGCGAACCAGGACUGCCCGAUCCUGCUCCGUCACUCUCACGAAGUUUAGAGGCAUCGUCGCCAAAGUAUUGGCCAAGUCUAGAAAUAGCAGUGGAACUAUUUAUUAUGACAGGACUCGAGCAGCAGAGCAAAGCUGCGGUCGUCGCCAGCUCGUGGCUGUUGUUUUGUGAUAUUGUUGCGCCCUCGCAAGCGUCCUCUUCUUCCGUUCUCCCGUUCGACACGGGGCACGGGGAACCACUUUCACGCUCGUUGAAGACCACCGCGCAAGCGGCGGUUGUCUGUGUAGAGAAUGUCAAAACACAGGUUUGUUCGAUAAGAAUAGAGUGCGAGCAAGGUUCCAAGCGUCCACGUGAGAAAGCUGCCUGCUGCUUUGUCACCAACGCAGCAGCACUGGGGAAAACCGAACCAGCCGUGUCAUCUCUUUCUCGCAUCCGGUGGCUUCCAGCAGUAAAACUGCCAGAAGCGUGGCUUCGCACACGCAGUGCUGGUGUGUGGCCUUGCAAGAUUAAAGUCACCCAAGCUGCAAGACAUUUGUCUACGAAGGCUGAUCUCCAGGAGGUGUACUGGGGGAAACGGCACAUUUUGUGUCGUAUUCGAGUGCCACAGAACCCCCGUGAAGGCGGCGUCAACUGUUCACAACUGUCCGCAGCAUUGGCUCGGCUGGUGACAGUGAGCUUGGGGGUAGCCGCAACCUGUUUUUUCCGCCACCCGGAGUCCUCAGGACGCGCUUCUGACACCCAGCCGCGCUCCCCUGUAGAAGAUGACCAGACGAUUCAUGUGAACAACUUAUGGGUUUGUCCGUACGUCCCGUUCAGUGAAUGCUGGUGCGUGAUACGGCACCGCAAAAACAGCAUUAGCCUCAAUGAAGGCGAAGGAGGGAACCGGGGGAGGUGCGACGUAGAGAUAUUCAGUGAAAAUGGUACAGCGGUAGCUGUGGCCCUCGGCUUUGGGAUUAGAAACCAAGCUCCUAGCACGCGCACGAUGGUAGCAGGCACUGGUCGGCAAAGCUCGGUUAGUAGGAGUGUUCGUGUUGCAUGA